UGACAGAGGACGGACAGAGAGGCAGACUGAGAACUUUGAACUGGAUCGCUGGAUUUCACCAGAACUGGCGCCCAGCUGACAGGUAGAUGCUUUCUGACGGUGACAAAGAGAUGGCCAUACCGCGCAUGUUUAACUCCAACACACCGUUCAUCAUCGUCACCGGUGGGUCUGAACUCUCAUUUCUGGGCAAAGACAACAGCAGCCAAGGCUGUGAGGAGGAGACGGACCCCCUGGUCAAAGCCAUUGCCCCCCAUCUGAGCCAUGUGAUGCAGCAUGGCACCGCCAAACAAGUGGUCACGGAGGGGUUCGCGGAGAAUCCCUGUGUGUCCAUAGUCGCUCAGGCUGAGAGAGAAGAUUUCCAGGAGUUCAGCCCUACCAGCAUUCGCUGCCGCUACUUACGAUCCCAGCUCCUCCAAAAGCACAGGUUUUUUAAUGAGGACGCCACCCUCAUGACUGACACAGAAGAUGAAGAAAUGGAUGAAGCCAAACUUUUGUAUCACCACUUUCAGAAAAAACAUCGAAGGAAAACCAGAAACAGACAGAAGAGGCAGGAAGAAGGAGAGGAGCCUCCUGUUAUCCAGGGUCUCUGGGUGCAAGAGAUUGAUUGGCUAAAGACGACAUCAUCUGCUGAGGUCAUACCACCUCCUUCACAGUUUACCGACUCACUUCCUUGUUGCCAUGGUGACCUGCUGCACUCUUGCAUGUAUGAAGUUUGCAGCUGCCCCGUUGACUGCGUCAAGGGGUCAGAGGAAGUGUCGCUGUGCAGAUCGACAGAUACAGAAGACACAUCCAGCAGCGACGACCGAGGAGGCUCAGACUCUGACUGUGAAUCAAUUAAAACUCAUGAAAGUGAGUCAGACUCAUCUUGCUGUGGUGAUGCUGAGACACAAGAUCAGUUUGGAGUCGAAGCACAAACAUCUGGUUGUACAUUUGAGCUGAUGCAGGUGUCGGGAUAUAACUCUUCCUCUCAUGUAGAGUGGGAUUCUGCCUCCACAGAGUCCAUGCAAAGCCUGCUGGAAAUUUCUGACUCUAAUUAUACUGAGAGCUUUGCGAACACAUCUCAGAGUGAAUUUGGCUUUGAUGACACCAGUGACUCAGCACUCGAUGAGCUGAAAGGCAAAGUGACGCAGAUAUCAAAACACUUUGUCUCCACGUUCCUCAGAGAUUCGAUAAAACACAUUCUGGAAGACUGGAAGACCACAAAACCUGCCAACGAAGGACUCAUAUUUCAUCAUUUACUGCAGCCCAACAGUUGUCAGUACAGGGAGGGAGAGGAGUACUGUGUUCUUCAUCACAUCCAGAACGGCUCGUACGGUGAUGUGUUCUGUGUUCGGGACAAAACCACCAGAUUCAAAUGUGCUGCUAAGAGGAUUCCCCUGAGCCACUUCAGCAGUGAGGAGGUGGGUACGUGGAGUGCUCUGAACUCCCCUCGUGUGGUGGAGCUGUUCGGGGCUGUUCGGGAUGGGCUGAACAUUGUGCUCUUCAUGGACCUGAAGCCAGCUUGCUUGGCCCAGCUUCUAAAGGAAAUGACCUGCCUCCCUGAGGAUCUGGCUUUGCACUACCUCCAUCAGUCCCUGGAGGCGCUGGAACACUUGCACCACAGAAAGGUGCUACACUUGGAUGUCAAAGUUGACAAUGUGCUGCUGUCUGCAGACUGCAGAGACACAUUCCUCUGUGACUUUGGUCUCUCAGAGACGUUGGAUGACAGCGGAAGGAGCACUAAAGCAUUCAGAGGAGCUGGGUUUCCUGGCACAGAGACCCACAUGGCCCCAGAGGUAGCACGAGGGGAUCAGCUUUGUGCCAAAGCAGAUGUGUGGAGCAGCUGCUGCAUGUUACUGCACAUGCUCAAUGGAUGCCAGCCAUGGAUACGUUAUUAUUCCCAUCCACUGUGUCUCCAGAUUGUCAACGAGCCUCCACCUCUGUGGGAGGUGCCGUCCAAGUGUAACAACUUUACAGCCAAAGUGUUUAGAGCCGGACUCCAGAAGGACCCAGAUAGACGAGCAACAGCAAAGGAGCUCAGGAGGAAAACCACCAAAGCUCUCAGAGCAGUUGGAGGUCUGAGUCCUUCCUCCACUGAGACCGCCUGUGAGAAGCUGCUUCAAGGCCGAAGUCAGCACAAAGAUCGCCUCCGUUUUUCAGUCCCCGAAACUCCUGCCGCCCUAAAUAAAUCAUCAGCUGCUGCCUCGGCUCCAGGCGUGCUCUGGGUGAGCCCCUGGAGAAUGAUGGCAGUGGACGAGGACAGCAAUGACUGGACGGGUGGAGACUCAGACCGAGAAUCUGAAGCAGAGACAGAUUCUUUAAACGGGGAAUGGGACUCCCAUCCAAAGUCACUGCGGGAUGAUUACGAAGCAGAGUGGGAGACCGGGUCUGAGUCAGAAGUUGAUAUAUACAUGGGAGAGGAAGAAUACAUUCAGGAGAAGGUGCUGAAAGCUGAACAAGACUAUGAGGGAGAUUGGGAGGAGGGGGAGGAUGAAGAGGAGGAGGACGAGGAGAGUGAUUCCUCUGUGUCUACAGAGUAUCUUCGUACUCUCAGAGGCCUUUUCCCAUUGCUGCAGAAGGGACAAAGGACAAAGGACAGCUUGUGUGGAUCAGAGACAGAGCUGGAAUACCUUAGAGAUGAUGUCCCUGUAGGAACCAGAAUCCAGACCCCCUCCCCAGAACCGCGAGAUGACCCUCCGUCCUGUUUCAGCUGCUCUGACACAUCACAGAUAGAUGUGUUAGACAAGGACUCGGACCAUUCGUCUGAUGACCUGAGCUCUGGCGUCUUUUCUUCCUGUAACAGUCACUCUGAGGGACACUUGGAGUGGCUGGCUUCAGCUCAUCGGCCAUCCUCAUGCUCCUUUGAGGGUGUUGACAUCUGGAUUGAAAACGUUCAGGGGGAAUGUUUGAGGAUCCGAGAAUGCCGACGGGUCAACGUGGGCCAUGUUGCUGUAGGGAUCAGUGAUCAGGUCUCUGGGAAAGGCUUCACUCUGGAGAUGCUGGACAGAAAACCUGUGUCCUUUGAACAGGAGAUCAAACAGUCGGGCCUGUGGCUCCGCUGUGUUCCUGCUCCUGACAGAUGUCAGCGCUGGAGGUGGAGGGUCAGAGAUGGCAAGCUGGAACUCAGAGACUGAAACUUUUGCUGCUGUUUUCUGUUACUUGCACUAAAUCUGUUUUUAUUAUCUGGUGGUGGGUGGGCUCUGCAUUAGGUAAAUAUAACCUCAGAUG